AGCGAAAAAAAUAAACAAUUUUGAUUAUGGGCCCACAGCUGGGGUGCGGUAUCCAAUUCCUCAUCCGCUCAAUGAAACAGAACAGGUCAUGGUUUCAAGUUUCGACCAGAAUCACUUGAAUCGAAUCCGCCUUACAAGUUAGGGUUUCUCUUCUACCAAUUGCCUCUCUUUCCUCCUCUCGGUGAUCGAUCGCUAUUUGUCAUCGCGGGUGUCAUUCUCAUCGGCAGCCCUAACUGAUAAGAAUGUCUCGUUUGCUGAGGAAAGUCCUUAAAGAACAAGAAUCACUCUGUCAACCAAAAGAUGAAGAGCAUGAGGUUGACGACGGCGACUCCUCUGAGUCUCUAGAUUCGCCGCCUCCUGUUUCUCUAAACCCUUUCGAUCUUCUCAACGAUGAUGACUAUGGUCAAGACCAGCUGCAGGUGAGUGAGGCAGAAAUUGCUGAUGAACCAUUGGUGGGAAAAAGUGAUGAAAAAGAACCGUCCUUGGUAAAAGCUACUAUAAACACACUUCCAUCAUCCAAUCACAAAGCUAAGAGAAAGAAAAAGAAAAAGACCAAGGAGGAUCCCUCUGUGGAUGCACAAGACAGUGAAAAGCCUUUGGAUGAGAUGGUCGAAAAGUUCUCUGUUGAAGUUAAUGUUUCUAGUCACCUAUCGGGCCCUUUAAAAGCCAAGCCAGCAAAUGUAGAAGUAGGUGACAGCCUGCUCAAACAAUGCAUGACCGACAUUUUACAAGUGGAUCCCAAAUAUCUAAGAGCAGAAAACGAGCUGCGAAGAAUAUUUGGUUCCAAGGUAGUAAAUUCAUUUCAAAAAAAUCAACAAACACGCAGUUCGGGACAGAUACGUGGGGGAAGACGCGGAAGUCACAACCAUCGAAGGGUUAUUCUUGUGUCUCCAUCAGAACAUUGGCCUCGCUGGGAUGGAUCUUUGUUGAUGGAAUUUUUGGAAACAAGAGAUGGUUACCACUAUUUCAAGUAUGCCCACUCAUCUUUAUAUAGCCAAGCUCAGAGAGCAUUUGAAGCAGCUAAAGCAAUACAUGAUCCGAAUGGUAUAGCAAAUAUUCUUGUGCAUCAUCCUUAUCAUCUAGAUUCACUGAUAGCUAUGGCGGAGUAUUUUAGCUUCUCGGGCGAACAACCAAUGUCUGCAGAGUUUAUUGCAAAGUGUCUUUAUGCCUUGGAAUGUGCCUGGCAUCCAAUGUUCAACCCCUUGCAGGGAAAAUGCCAAUUAAAAUAUAGCCAUGAAACUAACAGGCCAUUGUUCCAUGCACUCUUCAAUCACAUGAAAAACAUGGACAGGCGUGGGUGCCAUCGCUCUGCACUUGAAAUUUGCAAAUUAUUGCUUUCAUUGGAUUCAGAUGACCGAAAGGGGGCCUUGUGUUGUAUAGAUUAUUUCUCUUUGAGAUCGAAGGAAUACACAUGGCUAGAACACUUUUCUGGGGAAUAUAGGCAUGACAACUCCUUAUGGUUAUUUCCUAAUUUUUCAUUUUCCCUUGCCGUUUGCCGAUUUUAUCUUGAGCUCGAGGGAAGCUCUCAGGAUACUGGAAUGAAGUCAGGAAAAGCUACUUCAACUGAUCUUAUGAAGCAGGCUUUAAUGCUUCAUCCGACAGUAUUGAAAAAAUUGGUGGAGAAAGUACCUCUGAAGGAUCAGGCAUGGAAAAACAUACUCCAGCACAGCUACUUUGGAUCAGAUCAAAUUGGAAUACAAUCCUUGGACCAUCUGAUUAACAUCUAUGUUGCAAGGAGCUAUCUUAUCUGGAGGCUCCCUGAUCUACAGAAGCUACUUAAGAACUCUGCACUACUUGUGGUUGAAACACUAAAGCAUAAUAGUAGUGAGGCUCGGGACUGGGCUUGUGUGAGGAAAGAAGCAUUCCCAUCAGAGAAAAAUGAGUAUAGCCACUUAUUGGUAUCUGAUUUUUCUGAUUCUGUGCCAACAAUGCCACCUGAGAUGCUGCAAAAUUUUAUGGUUGAUCCAAGAAUGAGAGAAGAGGUACAGAAUGGUGGCCAUGUUGCCAACCCACGUGCUCCCCGUGAUGUUGCAAACCGAAACCCGUUGGUUGUCUUGUUUGAGUCUAUGCUACCAUGGGUUGAUUACGGAGGCCGAGAUGGAGUUGUUGAGGAAGAGGAUGACCAGCAGAACCACAAUGGUCAUCGUUUGGACGACAAUGAACACUGAAUCUGUAGCUGAAGCGUAGAAAAUGUUUGUGGGGGAGUUGGAGACGAUAGGAAUGACUCGUAUGAUCCCUAUGCCUGAUGCUCGUGGACCAUAUGAUACUGUUUGCAUCGUACCUAAACCUCUAAUGGUCUUUCAGUGCAGUUUUUGUUGUGGGCAAAUCUUCUUCUUUUUUAUUGAUUUUUUUCGGAGCUUUAGAAAUUGCUGCUGGACACGAAGAAAAGAAGGUUGUCAUAUAUUUUUAUGUGAUAACUUAUAGAGAAAUAUGUGCAAAGGAAUUAUUUUUCGACUAUAGUUAUGUUUGAGAAAAGGGAAGGGCAAUCAAAAAAUUUAUUUUUUGUUCU